CAAAGCACAAGACAAUUAGCAACACAAGAGAAGACAAACAAAGAUGUCUAAGGUUAGGAAGAGAGCUGUUCUGGUGGGAUGCAACUACCCAAACACCAAGCUCAGGUUGCAGGGAUGCAUCAAUGAUGUGUCAAGCAUGGAAGAGUUGAUUGUGAACGAAUUUGGCUUUAAUCAAGACAAUGUUAAGUACUUGGUUGAUGAACCAGGCACGUCGCCUGAGGGUUUGCCUACUCGUGCAAACAUUAUGGCUGCACUGGAGGAGAUGGUGGAUGCUGCUGCAUCAGGUGAUAUACUGUUUUUUCACUUCAGUGGACAUGGAACAACCUUUUCAUCCUUGAAACCUGGAGAAUCUUACCAGGAAGAAGAAGCAAUCGUUCCUUGUGAUUUAAAUCUCAUCACCAACAUGGACUUGAGGCGCUUGAUUCAAAAGCUACAACCAGGAACAAGCUUCACAAUCCUAUCAGAUUCAUGCCACAGUGGCGGACUAAUUGACAAAGAUAAAGAACAAAUUGGACCUACUAGAAUGAAGGGUAUACCACUUCCAGUUUACUACAAGUCUAGGGGAAUUUCUAUUGGAUCCAUAAUGGAUUGCCUGCAUUCGGUUACGGGUGCCAUCCAAACUGGAGCAAAUAUUGCGAUAGGUGUUGCAAAUGCCGUAAGCAUCGGGGCAAAUAUUGUGGAAAACAUUGGCUCUGGUUUGUCAACAAUCUUUAACAAAGAAGUGAGCAUCACAUUCCGACCAGAGCAUGAGCAAAGGGCGGUGAUGAAGUCGAGGUCACUGACGGAGGAUGAAGGUCUUCUUUUGAGUGGAUGCCAAGCUAAUGAGACAUCAGCAGAUUUGGAGGGGAGCCCGCUUACCGAAGGAAAAGCUCAUGGGGCGUUUACGUAUGCAGUGGUGAAGGUACUGAAUCAGAUCAAAGGGUUAACCAACAAACAGCUUGUGAAGGAAGUUAGGAAGUUCUUACAAGAGCAGGGGAUUGAACAGCACCCUUGCCUUUAUAGCAGUGAUGGGAAUGCAAAUACACAUUUCUUGGACACCCAAAACACUCGUGAUCGGAAGAAAGCCAUAGCGAGGGGCGUCGAUGAUGAUCAUGUACCCAUUGACACCCAUCUUCAAAUCAAUGGAAGGAGGAACCGUCAAGACUCCCCGAUAAAAAGGCAUAGAGGUGCUGAAACCUCCAUCGCCUAUUCAAACUAA